AUCGAUCGAGAAAUUGACCAGGUUAUUAACAACUGUAAUGCAGUCUCCGAACAUAUGCAUCUGAAACGUGCUUCGAUCUAUCGGAUCGAAGACUAUUUUUGUGAUGCAAAUUUAAUGAGACCUUGGCUUGACGACAUGAUCGGUAAAUCUAAUGAAAUACUUAAUGCAUUAUUACGCCUCAGAAAGCAUCAAAUUGCAGCAGAACAAGCCCGGCUUCAUCGAAUCACCACCUCUACUUCUAAACGGCCCGGGUUUCAAGGAAGGUGCCAUUCAUGUAACAUAUCAGAGACUCCGGAGUGGCGGCGUGGACCCAAUGGUGCAAGAACAUUAUGCAAUGCCUGCGGUUUACAUUAUGCAAAGUUGAACAGAAAGAAGAGUAGACAUCAGCAAGAACAGCAAAAUAGUAGUAGCAACAACAACUAUGCUAUCAAAACAGAAACUGUCCAUAUGAUGGACGAGGACGACCGCACAAUGAGAUAA